AUGUCUGGCCAGGUGGUCAAGCCGGCCCAGCGACCGUACUCGCGCAGGAAAUACCACACCAUGCCAGAGAUAAGCACCUGUUCAAAGUCUGUCCACUUCAGCGAUGAUACGAAUGAGACAAGACACUUCUUGCGAGGCGACACACCCAACGCCGCCGUGGUCGAUCCUUCAAGGAGAGAUACAUCUGAAGAUACGAGUCUUCGGAUGCUGCACUCUUUUGGCGCAAUAGAAACCUAUGAGCAGGAUGCCAAAGCCGUCCAGCUGGAGCAUCUGAUCCUGUCCCCAGACCAGCAAGCACUAAAUGGAACCUGUACUGUGCGUAAUCUCUGCUUCCACAAGCGCGUAGCGAUACGCUUCACAAUGGACGGCUGGACGACCGUAUCUGAAGUCGAGGCGGAAUACUACAACAGCGUCAAGAACCCGCUAUCCGAUCGAGGCGAUCGCUUCACUUUCGAUAUCAAGCUGCCACAUUACGCAAACACCGAGAGGAAGGUUCUGCUGCUCUGCAUCAAAUACAAUGCUGGUGGAGAGGAGUUCUGGGACAACAACGACAACAUCAACUACCGGGUUGAUCUGAAAGAGAGUACACAUCAGCCACCCCCACCCAUUAGACUAGACACUCUCGAGCCUGUUACUCAAUUAGUCAAAGCCACCCAACAUCGUCGGGGUUCGCUGUCUUUUGUAUUGGGCGAGCUCGUCGCGAAGAGCGCUUCGACAAGUGACCUCGACGCGGCAUGUAGAAACUCAGAGUCAUCGCCAGAGGCAAGGCUAUUUAGCAAUGGCAAAGUCCACACCCAGGCGCCGAUCACCGACUCAAUCAAGAACGCCUUGGUCGACGCGCCACGCGCUCCAUCCCUUCCAACGUCCCCAGAUGGCCCAGACUCUAUGCCGACCCAACGACCAACCUAUAUCGUAACCAAUCGCAAAACGAAUCCCGCGCGGCGCACUGUCUCAUCUCUUGCAUCCACCUCGUGUCCUGUCAAUAGACCAGCCAUGGGGCCGGAUCAGUAUCGUAGACUACUGCAGCAGUUCUGCUAUUUCGUCCCUGCACCCAAGACUCCACCGGGUGGUGCGACGGAGAUGAGGUAUCAGACUGCUGCUAGUGGUAGGGAGCGUUUGGCAGUGUGA